GGGCGUGGGGGUUGGCCGGGUUUGGUGUGCGCCUGCGCCGAUCGCCGGGACAGGGUGUGUUCCUCCUCCCAGAUCCUGGUUUUGGCUGUUCGAGUGCAUCGCUCGCCACCCGAGUUUCCCCUGCGGGCUCCCACGCACACCCGCCAGCUGUUGCCUUCUGCGAACAUGUCUAAGUCACUGAAGAAGCUGGUGGAGGAGAGCAGGGAGAAGAAUCAGCCGGAAGUGGACAUGAGUGACAGGGGCAUCUCCAAUAUGUUGGAUGUCAACGGCUUGUUCUCCUUGGCCCAUAUCACACAGCUGGUGCUCAGUCACAACAAGCUAACAACCGUGCCCCCAAAUGUAGCAGAACUGAAGAACUUGGAGGUGCUUAACUUCUUCAAUAACCAGAUUGAGGAACUGCCCACCCAGAUCAGCAGCCUUCAGAAACUCAAACACCUGAACCUGGGCAUGAACAGGUUGAACACACUGCCUCGAGGAUUCGGCUCUCUCCCAGCUCUGGAGGUCCUGGACUUGACCUACAACAACCUGAAUGAACAUUCUCUCCCCGGAAACUUCUUCUACCUCACCACCCUGCGUGCACUCUAUCUAAGUGACAACGAUUUUGAAAUCCUGCCUCCAGAUAUUGGGAAGCUCACAAAGUUGCAGAUACUCAGCCUCAGGGAUAACGACCUGAUCUCACUGCCUAAGGAAAUCGGCGAGCUCACCCAGCUGAAGGAGCUCCACAUUCAGGGGAACCGCCUGACUGUUCUGCCUCCAGAGCUAGGCAACUUGGAUUUAACGGGUCAGAAGCAGGUCUUCAAAGCAGAGAACAACCCCUGGGUUACCCCAAUUGCCGAUCAGUUCCAGCUUGGUGUGUCCCAUGUUUUUGAAUAUAUCCGCUCUGAAACCUACAAGUACCUCUACGGCAGACACAUGCAGGCGAACCCAGAACCCCCAAAGAAGAAUAACGACAAAUCAAAAAAGAUCAGCCGGAAACCCCUAGCAGCCAAGAACAAAUAAGAAGCAGACACUCUGGGCUCUGGCCUCCUCUCUAACUCUUCUGGCCUUCCUUGCUCUGUCUCAAAUAAAUAUAAUGUGUUUGUGCCUACUUUUAAAAAAAAAAAGGAAGGAAGGGAGUGAGGGAGGGAGGAAUGAAGGAAGGAAGGAAGGAAGGAAGGAAAGAAAGAAAGAAAGAAAGAAAGAAAGAAAGAAAGAAAGAAAGAAAGAAAGAGAGAAAGAGAGAAAGAGAGAAAAAGAAAGAAAGAUUCUUUUCCGUCUUUCCUCCCAAUGCUAGAGUGCAACCUCACCUUUGCACUUUUGAAAUUCUUGUGGGAGGUGGUACAUUUUUAUAAAGUCUUAAAUCCAUUCCCAUUUGUUUCCUUAAAAUUGCCAAAGGCAGGAAACAAAGCUCUCAUUCUCCUGCAAAUUCCAUGGUAGGCACAGGUUUCAGUUCCUUGAAUAAACGUCACAAGGCUGCUUAUUAUCAAAAGAAUAAUUAAAAUCAUGUAACCACUUAAAUGUCACAGUUAACACUUUUAAUGCUUUUCAUUCUUUCUGUUUAUUCACAUAACUCAUUAUUGUGCCUUAUUAAAAAAAAAAUCUUCCUUCACCGCCAAGCUAUUAUGUUCAUUUAACUCAAAAGAUUUUAAUAAAAUCUUGAAUUUAUAUCACAUGUUUCUUCUUGACUAAAAUAAAAAAAAAUAACCUAGUAUUGUGGUAUACACAUUUGUAUUGCUCCCUCCCCCAAAAAAUUUUACCUCGUCUAACUUUAUUGAUUGUAGAUGAUGAUCUAUGACCUUACCAUGAAAGAAAUAAAAAAUUCACUCAUUGUUA